GUCACGAUCGGCGCGGGCGACCGGGGCUGGGGGAGCCCCUCCAGCCGGCUCCUGCCCUCAGGCCCCGGGCGCUUCCCUCGCCCCGACUCCCGGCCCGAGGUCCCGGGGGCGGCCAUUCGCCUCCCAAGCACUCGGCGCUCAGCCCAACGGGGCCGCCUUUGCAGUCGCGUGGGCAGAACGGGGUCCUCAGGGCCGCGGCGAUUGUCUAGGGCGGGCGGCGCCACGACCCGCCGGGAGCGCGGCUCCCAGGAGCCCCCGCGCGACCGGGCUUCGGUGGUUGCCGUUGCAGGUCACGUGGUCGCCGUCGCGCGUCACGUGGCCCCGUCGCGCGUCACGUGGCUGCCAUCGCCUGUCACGUGGCCGCCGGCGCGGGUCACGAGAACAAACACGGGGGCAGCCGGCGCUUCCCGGCCGGUGUCGCUCCGCGGCGGGCCAUGGCCAACGUCUCUAAGAAGGUGUCCUGGUCCGGCCGGGACCGGGACGACGAGGAGGCGGCGCCGCUGCUGCGGAGGACGGCGCGGCCCGGCGGGGGGACGCCGCUGCUGAACGGGGCUGGGCCCGGGGCUGCGCGCCAGUCACCACGUUCUGCGCUUUUCCGAGUCGGACAUAUGAGCAGCGUGGAGCUGGAUGAUGAACUUUUGGACCCGGAUAUGGACCCCCCACAUCCCUUCCCCAAGGAGAUCCCACACAACGAGAAGCUCCUGUCCCUCAAGUAUGAGAGCUUGGACUAUGACAACAGUGAGAACCAGCUGUUCCUGGAGGAGGAGCGGCGGAUCAAUCACACGGCCUUCCGGACGGUGGAGAUCAAGCGCUGGGUCAUCUGCGCCCUCAUCGGGAUCCUCACGGGCCUCGUGGCCUGCUUCAUUGACAUCGUGGUGGAAAACCUGGCUGGCCUCAAGUACAGGGUCAUCAAGGGCAAUAUCGACAAGUUCACAGAGAAGGGCGGACUGUCCUUCUCCCUGUUGCUGUGGGCCACGCUGAACGCCGCCUUCGUGCUCGUGGGCUCUGUGAUUGUGGCUUUCAUAGAGCCGGUGGCUGCUGGCAGCGGAAUCCCCCAGAUCAAGUGCUUCCUCAACGGGGUGAAGAUCCCCCACGUGGUGCGGCUCAAGACGUUGGUGAUCAAAGUGUCCGGUGUGAUCCUGUCCGUGGUCGGGGGCCUGGCUGUGGGAAAGGAAGGGCCGAUGAUCCACUCAGGUUCAGUGAUUGCCGCCGGGAUCUCUCAGGGAAGGUCAACGUCACUGAAACGAGAUUUCAAGAUCUUCGAGUACUUCCGCAGAGACACAGAGAAGCGGGACUUCGUCUCCGCAGGGGCUGCGGCCGGAGUGUCAGCGGCGUUUGGAGCCCCCGUGGGUGGGGUCCUGUUCAGCCUGGAGGAGGGUGCGUCCUUCUGGAACCAGUUCCUGACCUGGAGGAUUUUCUUUGCUUCCAUGAUCUCCACGUUCACCCUGAAUUUUGUUCUGAGCAUUUACCACGGGAACAUGUGGGACCUGUCCAGCCCAGGCCUCAUCAACUUCGGAAGGUUUGACUCGGAGAAAAUGGCCUACACGAUCCACGAGAUCCCGGUCUUCAUCGCCAUGGGCGUGGUGGGCGGUGUGCUUGGAGCUGUGUUCAAUGCCUUGAACUACUGGCUGACCAUGUUUCGAAUCAGGUACAUCCACCGGCCCUGCCUGCAGGUGAUCGAGGCCAUGCUGGUGGCCGCCGUCACGGCCACAGUUGCCUUCGUGCUGAUCUACUCGUCGCGGGAUUGCCAGCCCCUGCAGGGGGGCUCCAUGUCCUACCCGCUGCAGCUCUUCUGUGCAGAUGGCGAGUACAACUCCAUGGCUGCGGCCUUCUUCAACACCCCGGAGAAGAGCGUGGUGAGCCUCUUCCACGACCCGCCAGGCUCCUACAACCCCCUGACCCUCGGCCUGUUCACGCUGGUCUACUUCUUCCUGGCCUGCUGGACCUACGGGCUCACGGUGUCUGCCGGGGUCUUCAUCCCGUCCCUGCUCAUCGGGGCUGCCUGGGGCCGGCUCUUUGGGAUCUCCCUGUCCUACCUCACGGGGGCGGCGAUCUGGGCGGACCCCGGCAAAUACGCCCUGAUGGGAGCUGCUGCCCAGCUGGGCGGGAUUGUGCGGAUGACACUGAGCCUGACGGUCAUCAUGAUGGAGGCCACCAGCAACGUGACCUACGGCUUCCCCAUCAUGCUGGUGCUCAUGACCGCCAAGAUCGUGGGCGACGUCUUCAUUGAGGGCCUGUACGACAUGCACAUUCAGCUGCAGAGUGUGCCCUUCCUGCACUGGGAGGCCCCGGUCACCUCACACUCACUCACUGCCAGGGAGGUGAUGAGCACACCGGUGACCUGCCUGAGGCGGCGUGAGAAGGUCGGCGUCAUUGUGGACGUGCUGAGCGACACGGCGUCCAAUCACAACGGCUUCCCCGUGGUGGAGCAUGCUGAUGACACCCAGCCUGCCCGGCUCCAGGGCCUGAUCCUGCGCUCCCAGCUCAUCGUUCUCCUAAAGCACAAGGUGUUUGUGGAGCGGUCCAACAUGGGCCUGGUGCAGCGGCGCCUGAGGCUGAAGGACUUCCGUGACGCCUACCCGCGCUUCCCACCCAUCCAGUCCAUCCACGUGUCCCAGGACGAGCGGGAGUGCACCAUGGACCUCUCUGAGUUCAUGAACCCCUCCCCCUACACGGUGCCCCAGGAGGCAUCGCUCCCACGGGUGUUCAAGCUGUUCCGGGCCCUGGGCCUGCGGCACCUGGUGGUGGUGGACAACCGCAAUCAGGUUGUUGGGUUGGUGACCAGGAAGGACCUCGCCAGGUACCGCCUGGGAAAGGGAGGCUUGGAGGAGCUCUCGCUGGCCCAGACGUGAGGCCCAGCCCUGCCCAUGGUGGGCACUGGCGCUGGCACCCCAGCCCUUCUGCACUUCCUCCCGGAGUCACUGGUUUCUCGGCCCAAGCCAUGCUCCCCAGCAGUGGCAAUGGCGAGCACCCUGCAGCUGGGCGGGCGGCAGGCGCGGAACUGACCGUCUCGCGGGACUGACCCUGUUGUGGGCAGUGGUCUCCCCCCUUGGCGCCUCCUUGCGCAGGCCCAGCCUCCGCUCUCCUCGUCUAGGUUUCUUUACCUCCAGGGAUCAGCUGUGUGAGUGUGACCUCCCUACCGGGCUGUCGGCCUCUUGGGAGCCAGCGGCAGGGCCGGCACCUGCGUGCCUGUGCCCGUGUGCGUGAGACAGAGCCCUUGCCCCUGCUGCUGCCCCGAGGGCUGCCCUGCCCUGGAAGGGCCCCUCUGCCUCCACAACCAGUGGAGUCUUCGAGACUUGGGAGCUGCUUGGCCUCAUUUUCAGCCAUGAGCAGACGGCCUGUGGUCCCUGGGCCUGAGGCACGGACUCGUAGCACCAGGGUUUGGAGGCUGCGACCGCCCCGGAGAGCAGCUUCACAUUGGUGCCACAGAGGAGCCCCACGUGCACUCCCCGGCCUGCAUCCGGCUUGGGUACACGGGCCCAGAGGACUGGGGUGACUCACGGGCCCUGUGCUGUGAUGUUGAGAGCUGAGAAAAACCUCCAAGGCCCUGAGCCCCAUGCCCAGCCCUGCCUUGGUCCCCCAACCCCCAGAGCUUGGAGUCUGGGCCCCACACCCAGCCCUGCCUUGGUCCCUGAGCCUCAGAGUGUGGAAUGGCUGCCCUGUGGACACUGGCUGGGAAGGCAGGUCUUCCCCUAGCACAUGGGGACCCCGGCCUCGGGGGUGACCUCCCUACCCCGCCCCUGCCAGCCACCAAGCGCAGGUGCAGCAGGGGCCAGACUCCUGCCGGCCUCAGAGGACACCUGGCCCAGCACAGGCAGCUAGAAGGGCCGGCGGGCACCGGGGCCGGGAAGCCCCCACCUGACCACCUGAGGGCCCCUGGGAGGCUCCUCUGGCCUGGCUGGGCUGGGUCUGGGGCUGCCACAGGCCCCUCACGGGGCGUCAGAGGCAACUUCAGUGUCCCUGUUAGAGCAACACGGGUCCCUCCGUGCGGGGCUGGGUGCGGCCCCCUGCCGUGUAUUUCCUCCCCAGGGAGUGGGGCCUCCCCGGGAGCUGACGCCACCACCCUGCUUAGCCCUCACAGGGCCCCAAGGUGUCCGAGUGUGUUGGGUCUGAACGCGCGAAAUAAAGAAAUCCUCUCAGCC